AUGAACAACGAACAUGUAAACUCAUCCAUGCCAGCUAAGAAGAGACGUAUAGAUGUGAGAUCUGAGGAUGCACCAAUGUCAAAUAUAGAUCUGACCAAGCAAUAUGGAAUUGGUGCAAAGUUGAUGGCUAAGAUGGGAUACAAGGAAGGCGAUGGUCUGGGGAAAGAUGGAAACGGGGUUACAGUUCCUAUACAAGUCACUCAGAGGCAACAAGGAAUUGGUUUAGGAGGGUUGGAUAGAAGCCAUUCUGAUUCUGAUGAUUCAGAUAUAUCCCCUCCGUUCAAUCAUGAGCUGAUCAAGUUCAAGGCGAGUGGUACACUCGACGAUAAAUAUCAGAUUGCUGACAAAAUAAGUGAAUUGGAGAAUAUGGGUAUAGUGUUACCAUCAGAACUAACAAAUCUAAUAAACUCUGAGGUGCGGAUUCCAUUUAAAAAAUUAACUGAAUUAGAGACAUAUAUAAGUGAGCUAACAGCAUUAAUUAAGAAAGUUAAUGCGCUUAACAUCCGACAAGAACACCUGAAAGGUGCAUUACAAAACGAAAAUGACAAACUAGAGUUAGAAUCUGAACUUUUAAGUGUCCUCAGCAAUAGAAAUUCCACAUUAAUGGAGAAAAUAAAUGUUAUUAUUACGUUAGAGGAUAAGGAUCUCACAGACAAGCUUUGUGCCAAAUGCAUUGCUCAAUAUUUUCAGGAGCACCAGAAUUGGAAUCCAAUUGAUCCAUUGGAACCCGUCUACAUUGAAAUAUCUUCAAUUAUAGAGUUGUUGUCUUAUGUUAUGGAUAUCCGUACAUCAGCCUUGAAUAGAACACAAACAGCGCUCUUUGAUGUAAUAUGGAAGGAAAUUAGCCCAUAUUUAGAAAAUUUCAAGAUUUAUGAUGCUAAAAUAAUAAUGGGACUACUAUUAGAUUACAGAGACAUCCUAUCAUUUAUUGACUGUUCGAAUUACGUUCAUGGAACAAUUAUAACAGAUAACAUCAUCAGAUUGAUAAACAGUUGGAAAGUUGGGAUGCAUUUGGAAAAUUCAUCAGUUAUUGCGGAUUUUGUUUCUAUCUUACCAAAAGAAUACUCUCUAGAAGUUUUUCAGCUUGUGAGAAAUAAAUUCUCGAACUAUUGUAAAGAUUGGUAUCAUAGGGAUUUCGAAAUAGAUGAGGCCGACUUAGAAUUCAUAAGAAAGAUUCUAGGAAGGGAGCUGUAUGAUGAGAUUACACAUGAAUAUUUUUUGCCUCAAUUUAUAGACCAGUUAUGGAAUAAAUAUUUUGAUCCAACUUUUGAAUUGGAGGACCCAGGCUGUGAUACUCCAAGCCUUUACUUCCUUGAAAGAUUUCGUGUUUGCCACCUACUAUUCACCACUGAUGACUAUCAAAUGAUUGUAAGAGCAAUAUUUAACACCAUCAAUAAGAUCAUUUUUCAAUGGUAUUUGUAUCAUAAGAGUAACUUUUCAGAAGCCAGAAAUUGGUUUAAUUGGUAUAUUAAUAAAGGGUUUUCUAAUCCCACAGAAUCAGAAAUUGAUGAAAUAAGAAUUUCACUAGCAUUAUUCAAUAAUCCUAAUAAGCAUGUCCAUGACGAAGAUUUUGAUUUAAAAGAGGAGUUGCACCUUUACAAAACCCCAGAUCAAACUAUUAAAAAUAUACCGCUCAGAAAGGUCACUUGCACAUUUAAGGAUGUGGUCCAAGAUUACUGUGAAGCCCAUGGCCUACUACUGUCAAAGAAGAAUAAUGAAUAUACAACCGUUAGCUUGUAUGGAAGAACCUUAACAGCUCCCAUAUUCAACGUUACUUCGGGAUCACGCGGCGUGUCCGUUUUAAUUCGAGAGGACAUACUCUGGAUCGAGGUCAACGGAGCAUUCAGGCCUGCAUACUUGCAUGAGUUGGGUAGCAAUGUGUUAGAAGCUUAA